CGGGCGCGCCGGCUCUUGCGCGCCGGGGAGGGAGCCGAGUCCUAGCCCGGGCCUGAGCCGCAGCGGGAGGAGAUGGCGGCCACGGCGGCCGCUGCGGCGGAGGAAGGGAUGGAGCCGCGGGCGCUGCAGUACGAGCAGACCCUGAUGUAUGGAAGGUAUACUCAAGACCUCGGGGCUUUUGCCAAAGAGGAAGCUGCUCGAAUUCGCCUGGGAGGGCCUGAAACCUGGAGAGGCCCACCAUCCCCCCGGACUCCUCCCGAGCUCCUGGAAUACAGAAAGAGCCGAUGUGCCCCAUGCCGAAUCUGUUCCGUGCGCUGCCACAAGUUCCUGGUGUCCCGGGUGGGUGAAGACUGGAUCUUUCUGGUCCUGCUAGGCCUCCUCAUGGCGCUGGUCAGCUGGGCCAUGGACUAUGCCAUCGCAGCCUGCCUGCAGGCUCAGCAGUGGAUGUCCCGGGGCCUGAACACCAACAUCCUGCUGCAGUACCUGGCCUGGGUCACCUACCCUGUGGUGCUCAUCACCUUCUCAGCGGGAUUCACACAGAUCCUGGCUCCUCAGGCCGUUGGGUCAGGCAUCCCCGAGAUGAAGACCAUCUUGCGGGGCGUGGUGCUAAAGGAAUACCUCACCCUAAAGACGUUCGUGGCGAAGGUCAUCGGGCUGACCUGUGCCUUAGGCAGUGGCAUGCCCCUGGGCAAGGAGGGCCCUUUUGUGCAUAUUGCCAGCAUGUGUGCCGCCCUACUCAGCAAGUUCCUCUCUCUCUUUGGGGGCAUCUAUGAGAAUGAGUCCCGGAACACAGAGAUGCUGGCUGCUGCCUGUGCUGUGGGAGUGGGCUGCUGUUUCGCUGCUCCCAUUGGAGGUGUCCUUUUUAGCAUUGAAGUCACAUCUACCUUCUUUGCUGUUCGGAACUACUGGCGCGGCUUCUUUGCUGCCACCUUCAGUGCCUUCAUUUUCCGAGUCCUGGCCGUCUGGAAUCGAGACGAAGAAACUAUCACCGCUCUUUUCAAAACCCGAUUCCGCCUCGACUUCCCCUUUGACCUGCAGGAACUGCCGGCCUUCGCAGUCAUCGGAAUUGCUAGUGGUUUUGGGGGAGCCCUCUUCGUCUACCUGAACCGGAAGAUUGUGCAGGUCAUGCGAAAGCAGAAAACCAUCAACCGCUUCCUCAUGAAGAAACGCCUGCUCUUCCCAGCACUGGUCACUCUAAUCAUCUCCACGCUGACCUUCCCCCCUGGCUUUGGACAGUUCAUGGCUGGACAGCUUUCCCAGAAGGAGACGCUGGUCACCCUCUUUGACAACCGGACGUGGGUCCGCCAAGGCCUGGUAGAGGAUCUGGAGCCGCCUGGAACCUCCCAGGCCUGGAGCCCACCACGCGCCAAUGUCUUCCUCACCCUGGUCAUCUUCAUUCUCAUGAAGUUCUGGAUGUCUGCUCUCGCCACCACCAUCCCAGUACCCUGUGGGGCCUUCAUGCCCGUCUUCGUCAUUGGAGCCGCAUUUGGGCGGCUGGUGGGCGAGAGCAUGGCGGCCUGGUUCCCAGAUGGCAUUCACACAGACAGCAGCACCUACCGGAUCGUGCCUGGGGGUUAUGCCGUGGUGGGGGCAGCAGCGCUGGCAGGAGCCGUAACGCACACAGUGUCCACGGCCGUCAUCGUGUUCGAGCUAACAGGCCAGAUUGCCCAUAUCCUGCCUGUCAUGAUCGCUGUUAUCCUGGCCAAUGCAGUGGCGCAGAGCCUACAGCCUUCACUCUACGACAGCAUCAUCCGCAUCAAGAAGCUGCCCUAUCUCCCAGAGCUGGGCUGGGGCCGCCACCAGCAGUACAGGGUCCGUGUUGAAGACAUCAUGGUGCGGGAUGUUCCCUACGUGGCGCUCAGCUGCACCUACAGGGACCUUCGGGUGGCACUGCACAGGACGAAGGGUCGCAUGCUGGCCCUCGUGGAGUCCCCUGAUUCUAUGAUCCUCCUGGGCUCCAUAGAGCGCGCACAGGUGGUGACGCUGCUUGCAGCCCAGCUGAGCCCAGCUCGCCGGCGCCAGUACCUGCAGGAACGCAGGGUGGCCCAGGCCUCCCCUGCAUCUGAUCAGGAGGGCCCCCCAAGCCCCGAGACUUCGGUCCACUUCCAGGUGAACACCGAGGAGUCCGGCUUCCCUGUACCCCGGGGAGAUACUCACAAGCCUCUGAAGCCUGCUCUUAAGAGAGGGCCCAGCAACGUGGGGGAAAGCCCCGUAGGAAAUGUGGAGCAGGCAGGCAUCGCCCUUAGGAGCCUCUUCUGCGGCAGCCCUCCUCCUGAGGGGUCAGAGUCGAAGUCAGAAUCCUGUGAAAAGCGCAAGCUGAAGCGAGUCCGAAUCUCCCUGGCAAGUGACUCGGACCUGGAAGGCGAGAUGAGCCCCGAGGAGGUUCUGGAAUGGGAGGAGCAGCAACUGGACGAGCCAGUCAACUUCAGUGACUGCAAAAUCGACCCAGCGCCCUUCCAGCUGGUGGAACGUACCUCGCUGCACAAGACGCACACCAUCUUCUCGCUGCUGGGAGUGGACCAUGCUUACGUCACCAGCAUCGGCCGACUCAUAGGCAUCGUCACGCUCAAGGAGCUCCGGAAGGCCAUUGAGGGCUCUGUCACAGCCCAGGGUGUGAAGGUCCGGCCACCCCUUGCCAGCUUCAGAGACAGCGCCACCAGCAGCAGUGACACAGAGACCACCGAGGUGCACGCGCUCUGGGGGCCCCGCUCCCGCCACGGGCUCCCCCGGGAAGGCAGCCCCUCUGACAGUGAUGACAAGUGCCAGUGAUCAGCCCUACGAAGCCAUGGCCAGCCUGCUGCUGCCCUCCUUCUGCCUUCAGGCAUGCAGGAGGUGACAG